UCCUCAGAGGCAGGAAAUGCUUCCCAGGCAAUCUGGGCCUGCUUGUGGAGGCCCCUUUCGCAAGACAUCAGUCUGAAUUGAGUGGACAGAAGUCACUAGGAACGCCUCGACAGACUCCUGCUUUAGCCAAGGCUCCCUCCAGCUGCAGAGGGUGUUUUUGUGAGAAUCACACUCUGCGUGAAACUGCUUAGAAUAGAGCCAUGAUCUCAACCACGAAAUGUGAACUUAUAUUUUGGAGGAACUCACGGGGACGGACUUCUUUCCUAGCCUGAGUGUUGAACAAUGUCAUGCCUGGGCGUUUCAGCUGCUCGUUGUCUAGGUGGUGAAAUGACAAAACUCACUCUCUUCUUCAGUCAGUGCAUAUGAAGUCAUCUUUCAUCAAGUUCCAUCUCCUUUAGUCUCAUAUGGAACGUAUCUCUCUAACUGUUGUUAAACUACGAUGACAUGUCUGUAGCUAUCAGAAAGAGAAGCUGGGAAGAACAUGUGACCCAAUGGAUGGGACAGCCUUUUAAUUCUGAUGAUUAUAACCCAGCAUGUCAUCAUGGACUAGUAGCUGACAGCUUGCAGGCAAGUAUGGAAAAAGAUGCAUCUUUAAAUGUGGAUCGUAAAGAGAGGUGUGUUUCACUACCAGACUGCUGCCAUGGUUCAGAGCUGAGAGACUUUCCUGGGAGGCCCAUGGGUCACAUUUCAAAGGAGGUGGAUGAAAAUGACAGCCACGAAGGUGGAGAUCAGUUUCUUUCUCUGGAGGCCAGCACAGAAACACUGGUGCAUGUUUCUGAUGAGGAUACCGAUUCUGAUCCAUAUAUUACAGAUGAUAAACAGAUGUUACCUGCCCAAGGACAAAAAAUAUCAGACCAACAUAGCAACAGAGGAGCAGGCUCCUCAGUAAAGAUGCUGCCCGUCAUGGAAGGUCACCCAAAUAAUUCCUGGAGAAUGGCCGCUGGAGCUGACUCAGCACUGGUAGAAGAAAGGGGGGAGAAAAAAGUUGUUGACAUUGUAAGUGAAAGCCUGGAGCUUUGUAACGAUAUAAGCUUAAGUGAAAGAAAAGAUGCAUCUAACAAAAUAAAUGCAUAUGACUCUUCGAAUGUGAAAGAUAUUGUGCCUGAGAAGCAAUUGUUUAAUUCUGCUGUAAUUGCUCAGCAACGAAGGAAACUUGACUUCCCUAAAGAUGAACAUGAAAGAAACACCUGUGACGUAGUACAGGGUGAGUUCUUGGCUCUUCCUUGCAUGGACAGAGGACUGCCGUUAUUAAAAGCAGAUUCUAGAAGCUGCCUCCUGCAACCUCCUUCCUGCCCUAGUGGAAUGUCAGCUGAAAAUGGCCUCAAGAAGAGUGGUUUCUCAGAACAUCAAAACAAAAGUCUCCCACAGGUCAGCUCAGGAGAUGGCAUGCAGUGUUUACACUUAAAGGAAACUCUGGCCACCCAGGAGCCCACAGAUAACCCCGUCAGGCUUCGCAAAAGAAAGGAAAUAAGAGAAGAUCGAGAUAGGGCGCGGCUGGACUCCAUGGUGCUGCUAAUUAUGAAACUGGACCAACUUGAUCAGGACAUUGAGAAUGCCCUCAGCACCAGCUCCUCUCCGUCCAGCACACCGACGAACCUGCGGCGGCACGUUCCUGAUCUGGAGUCAGGAUCUGAGAGUGGAGCAGAGACCAUUUCAGUAAAUCAGACACAAAUAAAUUUGUCUUCUAACACCGAAUCUACCGACCUACCAUCUUCCACCUCAGUGGCCAGUUCUGGAACCAAACCCAAGUCUAUGGCACUUCCAGGUAUUUCAGACAAGGAAACGGCUGAAAUUGAAGCCAAGGAAGCUUGUGAUUGGCUACGGGCAACUGGUUUCCCCCAGUAUGCGCAGCUUUAUGAAGAUCUUCUUUUCCCCAUUGAUAUUUCCUUGGUCAAGAGAGAGCAUGAUUUUUUGGACAGAGACGCCAUUGAGGCUUUAUGCAGGCGUCUAAAUACUUUAAACAAGUGUGCGGUGAUGAAGCUGGAAAUUAGUCCUCAUCGGAAGAGAAGUGAGGAUUCGGACGAGGAUGAGCCUUGUGCAAUCAGCGGCAAAUGGACUUUCCAGAGGGACAGCAAGAGGUGGUCCCGGCUGGAAGAGUUUGAUGUCUUUUCCUCUAAGCAGGACCCAGCCCCCGGGGCCCCCGACGACACCCACCUGAAGAACGCGGCGAGCCACGAGAGCAUGCUGACGGAGCUCAGCGAGCGCCAGGAGGUGGCUUCCGUCCUCAGCCUCAGCAGCACGGGCAGCCUCCCCGCGCACGCGCCCCACGCCGGGGACGCCGCGACGCCCCGGACCAACUCGGUCCUCAGCGUCUGCUCCUCCGGCAACUUCGGAGGCAACGAUGACUCGUUCUGCAGCCUGCCCUCUCCCAAGGAACUGUCCGGCUUCGGCUUCAGCCUGAAGGGCCCCGAGAAGAACGCCAAGUCCAAGACGCGCAGCCUGCUGAAACGCAUGGAGAGCUUGAAGCUCAAGGGCUCGCACCACGGCAAGCACAAGGCGCCUUCCAAGCUGGGGCUGAUCAUCAGCGGGCCCAUUCUGCGGGAGGGGCUGGACGAGGAGAAGCUGAAGCAGCUGAACUGCGUGGAGAUCUCCGCGCUCAACGGCAACCACAUCAACGUGCCGGCCGUGCGGAAGCGGAGCGUCUCCAACUCCACGCAGACCAGCAGCAGCAGUAGCCAGUCGGAGACCAGCAGCGCCGUGAGCACGCCCAGCCCGGUCACCAGGACCCGGAGCCUCAGCGCCUGCAACAAGCGGGUGGGCAUGUACCUGGAGGGCUUUGAUCCGUUCAGUCAGUCCACGUUCAGCAGCGUUACGGAGCAGAACUUCAAGAACCGCGAGAGCUACCGGGAGGACGCCGUGUUCUACAUCCCGGAAGAUCAUAAGCCUGGCACUUUCCCCAAGGCCCUCUCCAAUGGCAGUUUCUCUCCCUCAGGGAGUAACAGCUCCGUGAACUGGAGGACUGGAAGCUUCCACGGCCCCGGCCACAUCAGCCUGAGGAGGGAAAACAGCAGCGACAGCCCCAAGGAGCUUAAGAGACGCAAUUCCUCCAGCUCCAUGAGCAGCCGCCUGAGUGUCUAUGACAACGUGCCGGGCUCCAUCCUCUAUUCCAGUUCAGGGGACCUGGCCGACCUGGAGAACGAGGACAUCUUCCCCGAGCUGGAUGACAUCCUCUACCAUGUGAAAGGGAUGCAGAGGAUCGUCAACCAGUGGUCAGAGAAGUUUUCGGAUGAGGGAGACUCUGACUCAGCCCUGGACUCGGUCUCUCCGUGCCCGAGCUCUCCCAAACAGAUACACCUGGAUGUGGACAACGACCGAGCCACCCCCAGUGACCUGGACAGUACGGGCAACUCCCUGAAUGAACCCGAAGAGCCCUCGGACAUCCCGGAAAGGAGGGAUUCUGGGGUGGGGGCCUCCCUGACCAGGUCCAAUAGGCACAGGCUGAGAUGGCACAGUUUCCAGAGCUCCCAUCGGCCGAGCUUAAACUCUGUAUCACUGCAGAUUAACUGCCAGUCGGUGGCCCAGAUGAACCUGCUGCAGAAAUACUCGCUCCUAAAGUUAACCGCUCUGCUGGAGAAAUACACACCUUCUAAUAAGCAUGGCUUUAGCUGGGCUGUGCCCAAGUUCAUGAAAAGGAUCAAGGUCCCAGACUACAAGGACCGGAAUGUGUUCGGGGUCCCUCUGACGGUCAAUGUGCAGCGCACGGGACAGCCCCUGCCCCAGAGCAUCCAGCAGGCCAUGCGCUACCUCCGCAACCACUGUUUGGAUCAGGUGGGGCUUUUCAGAAAAUCCGGUGUCAAAUCCCGGAUCCAGGCUCUGCGCCAGAUGAAUGAAAGUGCCAUAGAUUGUGUCAGCUAUGAGGGGCAGUCUGCUUAUGAUGUGGCAGACAUGCUGAAGCAGUAUUUUCGAGACCUUCCUGAGCCACUAAUGACGAACAAGCUCUCAGAAACCUUUCUACAGAUCUAUCAGUGUGUGCCCAAGGACCAGCGCCUCCAGGCUAUCAAGGCCGCCAUUAUGCUCCUGCCUGAUGAGAACCGGGAGGUCCUACAGACCCUUCUUUACUUCUUGAGCGAUGUCACAGCAGCUGUAAAAGAAAACCAGAUGACUCCCACCAACCUGGCUGUGUGCUUAGCGCCUUCCCUUUUCCACCUCAACACCCUGAAGAGAGAGAAUUCUUCUCCAAGGGUAAUGCAAAGAAAACAAAGUUUGGGCAAACCAGAUCAGAAAGAUUUGAAUGAAAACCUCGCUGCCACUCAGGGUCUGGCCCAUAUGAUUGCUGAGUGCAAGAAGCUUUUCCAGGUUCCUGAGGAAAUGAGUCGAUGUCGGAAUUCCUACACAGAACAGGAGCUGAAGCCCCUCACUCUAGAAGCAUUGGGGCGCCUGCAUCAUGACGAGUCGGCUGACUACCAGCACUUCCUCCAGGACUGUGUGGAUAGCCUGUUUAAAGAGGUCAAGGAGAAGUUUAAAGGCUGGGUCAGCUACUCCACGUCUGAGCAGGCCGAGCUGUCCUAUAAGAAGGUGAGCGAAGGACCUCCCCUAAGGCUUUGGCGGUCCACCAUCGAAGUCCCUGCCAUGCCUGAGGAAAUCUUAAAGCGCCUCCUCAAAGAACAGCACCUCUGGGACGUAGACCUUUUGGAUUCCAAAGUGAUUGAAAUCCUGGACAGCCAAACUGAAAUUUACCAGUAUGUCCAAAACAGUAUGGCGCCCCACCCUGCCCGGGACUACGUUGUUUUGAGAACAUGGAGGACUAAUUUACCGAAGGGGGCAUGUGCCCUUUUACUCACCUCCGUGGAUCAUGACCGGGCCCCCGUGGUGGGGGUGAGAGUCAAUGUGCUUCUCUCCUGGUAUCUGAUCGAACCCUGCGGGUCGGGGAAAUCCAAACUCACCUACAUGUGCAGAGCCGACUUAAGGGGCCACAUGCCAGAGUGGUACACAAAAUCUUUUGGACAUUUGUGUGCAGCUGAAGUCGUGAAGAUCCGAGACUCUUUCAGCAAUCAGAACACUGAAACCAAAGACCCCAAAUCUAGGUGAUUACUGAAGCCGAGCGGCCAUGUCCACCGUCCGGACGUUUGUUUCUGGAAGCCCUUUGCCGGUCCUUGGAAGAAUGGGUUCUGAGUCUAGUCCUGAAACUAAGAAAACUAGAAGUUGGAGCGUGGGGAUCAACUGUAGCGAUUUUAAGACAUUUUUAAAGCUGCUUCCUGUUUGUUGAAGGUCUAGAUUAUAGACCUUGCCUGGAAUAUAUAAGACUGUGCGAAAGAAAAAAAAAGUAUUCUUAUUCAAG